GCAAGGGAAAGGUUGUGGGCGUUCAUUAAGCUUAUAAUUCACAGCGCGAGACAUUUCCAGCGCGAGUCCGACCGGCAGUUUAAACGGGAAAGGCUGUGUGUCUGUAAUCUUGUUAGCGGCAGAGGGCGCACCGGCUGCUGGGCUCAUACUUCAGUGUGUAGACCGAGUGCGGGGGCGGUAUACUACGGCCUGUCCUCGGCGCAUGCUAACACGAGGCCAGCCUUCUCCGAGGCAAAGUUCGUUUUGACAACAGCGUUGGAAAAAGAGAGAGAGAGAGAGAAAAUAUAGGAUAAGAUUCCGGAGUGCAAACUGUGGUGGGUCUGAAACGGUGCGAGCGAGUGCGGUGUUAGGCCUUUGAUCAGAUACGUGCUUUUAACGUUUUAAAUAUUUGUGUCUCCUUUUACAUUACGAGAUUCGAUGUGGACACGUCACUUUGCAUUGUCGAGAUCAAAAGCGAAUCUUCGAGAUGUUUUGCCUCCAAGUGUGAUAUUUAAACCGACGGAGCUGUUUGAAAUCGUAGAAACGUCUUUCAUUCUAUCGUUUUUAAUAUUUCGGUUGUGGCUGUCGCCCGGAGUUUUCCGUUUUCUUUACGAUAACCGUUAAUAAUUAAUCGAGGUUGGUAAAUAGUGUCCGAUAAAUUUGUUUUACAAGUUGAUGUGUAUAUUAAACGAGACAAGAGUAACUUCAUGUCACCAGUUUACUAACGUAUAACAAACUUUCAACAUUAAAUUUAUAUAUGCCAAAUUUGGAGCGAGGAGAAAAAUAAACAUCGGCAGUUGACGCAUGCGGUACGGUAACUCGGUAACAACUCGCACCACACACGCCCCUGCUGCCUCGAACAGGAACAGAUCUAUUAAAUCCAAACUAAAUUCCCUCGUAGUGAUGACCGGCACGGAGGGCGCGGGGGGGACAGAGGUGAUGGCCCCACACACACGGGAGGAAGAAUCACCGAGCGGCAAAACUGGUGAUGAACAAAAAGUGAAAUCCUCUGCUGUCGUCAGUGCAAAGUGCGAUGCAACUGUGGGUGUGCUGAUCCAGGAGGUGGACGAGGGCCAACCAUGCCUCAUGUGCCGAGACAAGUGCCCCGGGUACACUGCCCACGUCUGGAGGUGAGUACAG